UGGAUUGAUUUCAACUAACUCAUCUGUAACUCACGGUAUCUGGGCACAGUGUUUCAAAUAUUUUAAAACUCCUUCAAAGUCAGAAAAGAAGAACAAUUUCGUUGGAGAAGAGCAAUCUCUCUUUUCUCCCUUUGUUCUCUCUGUGUGGAAGCCAUAUGGGUAUUCCUCGAAAAUAGCAAAGGAAUUGGGAAAAUAAAGAAAUACAAGGCAAAGUUUGUUGAAGAUUCUUUGUGGGUUUGGUCGUUUUUUCCCCUUUUUUUGGGGGGGGGGGGGGGGGGGGGGGGGAGGGCUUUGAAGGGGUUUCAAGAGUAUCAAUUGAAGGAUGUUUGGGUGGGAGUGUUGGUGCUGGAAUGGCGUCGUUGAUCCUCUUGACUUUUGCCUUUCUGACCCUCAACCCUUCUCUUUGCCUUCACCUCUUCCAAAAUGGCCUCCAGGAAAAGGUUUUUCCACCGGAAGAAUAAGCCUUGGAGAGAUAGAAGUUUACAAGAUCUCAAAAUUAAAGAAAGUUUGGCGAUGCAGCCAGGGUGCUGUAUUUUACAAGCCUCAGGCAAUCCCAGAUGGCUUUUUCUGCCUUGGACACUAUUGCCAGCCUAGUGACAAUCCAUUGAAAGGCUAUGUUCUAGUUGCUCGUGGGGUAUCGGAAGUUGAUCAUGUUGACAAUUCUGUCAGGGAAUCUCCCGCUUUAAAGCGACCAGUAAAUUAUACGUUAAUCUGGAGUUCUGGUUUAAAUGGAGUGGAUUCUGGCUUUAUUUGGCUGCCUAAUGCUCCCGAGGGUUAUAGAGCCAUGGGAUUCUUGGUCACUGACAGGUCGGAGGAGCCUUCACCUGACGAUAUUCGGUGCGUGCGAGCUGAUCUUACAGAGAGAUGUGAGACUGGUGACUUAAUUGUUACAAUUAAGUCCAAAUCUCAAUCAUUUCAUGUUUGGGAAACAAGACCCUUCGAAAGGGGAAUGUACAAGAGUGGUGUUUCUGUGGGCACAUUCUUCUGCUGCACUUCAUUGAAAGAGUAUCUGAAUAUUUCCUGUUUGAAGAAUCUCAGUUCCACAUUUGAAGGAAUGCCAAAUCUGAACCAGGUUCAGGCACUCAUUGGACAUUAUGGCCCAACCGUUUUCUUUCACCCUGACGAGGCAUAUUUCCCAUCAUCAGUGCCGUGGUUUUUUAAAAAUGGCGCUCUUUUGUAUCGAAAUGGUAAUACGAAGGGUGAGCCUAUUGACAUGAAAGGCUCCAAUCUGCCUUGUGGAGGGGAAAAUGAUGGUGAGUAUUGGAUCGAUCUGCCAACAAAUGAUAAUGCAAGAGAAACUUUGAAGAGCGGGAACAUUGAAACCGCCAGACUCUAUGUUCAUGUUAAACCAGCACUGGGAGGAACUUUUACUGAUAUUGUCAUGUGGGUUUUCUGCCCCUUUAAUGGACCAGCAGCCAUCAAAGUUAGUUUUCUUAAUAUCAAACUGAAAAAGAUUGGGGAGCAUGUUAGUGAUUGGGAACACUUCACGCUUCGAAUCUGCAACUUUUCUGGGGAGCUAUGGCGAGUGUACUUCUCAGAGCAUAGCGGUGGGAAAUGGGUGGAUGCCUCUGACUUGGAAUUCAUUCAAGGCAAUAAGCCAAUCGUGUAUUCGUCGAAACAUGGUCAUGCUAGCUACCCGCAUCCUGGGAGUUAUCUUCAGGGUUCAGUAGCUGGAAUUGGAGUGAGGAAUGAUGCAGCUCGGAGCAAGUUUUUCAUUGAUUCGAGUUCUAAAUAUGAAAUCAUUGCUGCUGAAUAUCUUGGCGAUGGCUACAUUGCUGAACCAGAUUGGUUACAGUACAUGAGAGAGUGGGGUCCAACCGUUAUGUAUAAUUCGAGAUCAGAGAUUGAAAGACUAAUCGAUCUCCUUCCUCCAUUUGUCCAAUUUUCUUUGGAAGAUCUACUUGCUCUAUUCCCGACCGAGCUCUACGGUGAAGAAGGACCAACUGGACCAAAGGAAAAAAACAACUGGUUCGGAGAUGAAAGGUGCUAGAGAUAUACAUACAGAUUCAUCAAUUAACAACACCACAACAUGAAUAGCUAUCAGUUAACUUUCUAAAGUGGCCGUUUCUUCAUCGAAACACGGUGAAAGUGAGUAGAUAGGUCAAAACAUUUAGCUCCAUUAUUCUGUUACAGUUACUUGCUGAUCUCGCUGCAGAUACAACUCUUGAAUUCGGAUUUGAGGGGAUUGCGUCAUUGAGAUGAAUUGUAGUUUCGCCUCGGCUUGCAGAAAGGGAGUGUGUUGUAUAUUUCAUUGUAAAAGUAUUUAAGUUUAUAGUUCAUGGAAUGAAACGUUUAGAAGUUCAAAGAAAAGAAGAUUGUGAAAGAAUGAAUAAAAGAAAUUAGGCUUUCUUAUGGAUA